ACUCAUUGGCGGGCACUCUGGGAACUGGUAUGCGAACUGUUGGCGAAAUGCGUUCUACACUGCGAUCAUCGCUUCCUGAUAUGAGCAAACCUGCAAAAAUAUACGACCUUGCCGUACUGCAAACAACUAACAAAAAGUUGCCCGAAGAUGCUGAUAGUACCUAUUUUUUCUUAUUCGUAGUGGUGCAUACCGGAGCUUAUAUAUAUGAAAUAAACGCAGAAAGUGCAAAACACCUUUUAACAACAACAUCUCGAGCGUCACUUGGCCCGAGAAGAGUUCGAGAAGCUGUUUGGAAUGAGCCCUAUAGAAUUUUACAAAUUGCCGGAGUGGAAGCGUAUCAAUUUGAAAAGAAAAUACAAAUUGUUCUAGCCAUUGCAUGCUGUUAUUUUUGCCUUUGGAAAGUUCACGCUAAUUGCUAUGUCACAUUUGUUGGAUAUAUGAGUCGACAUUGCUACAAUAGGCGUCAUUAUCGUGAGGCAUCUGUCUGUGAACUCGCUGUUUUUUGUUGAUG